AUGAUCGGCGAGGAAGACUACGACCAUCUUUACAAGCUUGUGCUUGUUGGUGAUGCCACCGUGGGGAAAACGCACAUCCUGUCGCGAUACAUCAAGGGCACGUUGCCCAAAGCGCCGACGGCCACGAUCGGCGUCGAGUUUGCAACACGGACCGUGAGCCUCGACGCAGGAUGUACGGUGAAGGCCCAGAUUUGGGACACAGCUGGCCAGGAGAGGUAUCGAGCCAUCACCAGCGCGCACUACAGGCGGGCGGUUGGCGCAUUGCUCGUGUACGACAUCACAAAGCCAGCCACUUUCAAGAGCUGCCAGAGAUGGAUGGAGGAGCUGCGUUCAAACGCAGAGCCAGACAUCGUCAUCAUGCUGGUCGGAAACAAGGUGGACCUGGCAGAAAAACAUGCUGGUGACCGGCAGGUUGACUUCGACACAGCUGCUGACUUUGCAUCCCAGCAGGGGCUUCUCUUCGAAGAGGCGAGCGCUGUGACUGGUGCGAACAUCAAGCUGUGCUUCGAGAAGCUUCUCCGAGAGAUCUACAACACCACCCAGCAUCGAAGAGACCGCGAGGACUUAUCGAGCAACCUGCAGCUGCAAGGCAGGACGCUCAGUGUCAACACCAAUUUGCACAUCUACAGUGUGCAUCCGUAUUCAUCAAUAUCUAGGCGUAUGUCGUACACGACUCGUAACUGCUACGAAAUAAGAAGUACAUCCGUACAGAGCUGGAAAUCACGGCUAGCUGCACUUCCGUUCGUACGGACAUCGGCGCAGAGAUGCGAAGACGCGAAGGGACGCGAAAACAAGUGA